CAGGGAGUGGGAACCCGCUGAGCGCAGCAGCAGGGCCUAGUCCUGCGCCUUGGGAAUCGGCGUCCAGGCUCGGAGCGCGGCACGGAGAGGGCGCAGCGCUGCACGAGGUGGCAGGGCCUGCAUCAUGGAAACUUUUUCUAAUGCACGUGGCACCUUUGCCAUACGCCUGUUAAAGCUACUAUGUGAAGAUAACCCUUCAUGCAACGUGUUUUGUUCCCCUAUGAGCGUCUCCUCUGCCCUGGCCAUGGUUCUCCUGGGGGCAAAGGGAAACACUGCCACUCAGAUGGCCCAGGCACUUUCUUUACACACAGAGGAAGACAUUCAUCAGGGUUUCCAUUCGCUUCUCACUGAAGUAAACAAGCCUGGCACACAGUACCUGCUGAGAACGGCCAACAGGCUCUUUGGAGAGAAAACCUGUGAAUUCCUCUCAACAUUUAAGGAAUCCUGUCUUAAAUUCUACCAUGCUGAGCUGAAGGAGCUUUCUUUUAUCAAAGCUGCAGAAGAGUCCAGGAAACACAUCAACACUUGGGUCUCAGAAAAGACUGAAGGUAAAAUUGAAGAGUUGUUGCCGGUUAGCUCAAUUGAUGCAGAGACCAGGCUGGUUCUUGUCAACGCCAUCUACUUCAAAGGAAAGUGGAAGGAGCGGUUUGAGGAAACAUACACAAGGGAAAUGCCUUUUAAAAUAAACCAGGAGGAGCAAAGGCCAGUGCAGAUGAUGUAUCAGGAGGCCUCCUUUUUGCUCGCCCACGUGGGCGAGGUGGGCGCGCAGCUGCUGGAGCUGCCCUAUGCUGGCGAGGAGCUGAGCCUGCUGGUCUUGCUGCCUGACGACGGCGUGGAGCUCAGCACGGUGGAAAAAAAUCUCACUUUUGAGAAACUCACUGCCUGGACCAAGCCAGACUGUAUGAAGAGCACUGAGGUUGAAGUUCUCCUUCCAAAAUUUAAACUGCAGGAGGAUUAUGACAUGGAGUCUGUGCUUCCACGUUUGGGAAUGGUUGAGGCUUUCCAACAGGGCAAGGCUGACUUGUCGGCAAUGUCGUCCGAGAGAGACCUGUGUCUGUCCAAGUUCGUGCACAAGACUUUUGUGGAGGUGAAUGAAGAAGGCACGGAGGCAGCCGCAGCCUCGGGCGUGGUGGUGGCAGAGUGCUGCAUGGAGUCUGGCCCAAGAUUCUGUGCUGACCACCCUUUCCUUUUCUUCAUCAGGCACAACAGAGCCAACAACCUUCUGUUCUGCGGCAGGUUCUCAUCUCCGUAAAGGGUGCAUUGACUGUGCACUCAGCCAUUUCCCUCUUGCUGUGUCCCCGGAUCCCCCACUCCCCUACAGCUCCAAGAGGAUGGGCCUAGAAAGCCAAAUGCAAAGAUGAGGGCAGAUUCCUUACCUGUUUGCCCUCAUGAUUUGCCAGGACGGGUUCAUGAUGCCGCACACUCUGCUCUUCUAUACUGACCUCUCAUUUAUGCUACACUUAAUCAAAAUCUUGGGAAAAUCGACCAUACUGAUUCCCUGUUGCAUUAAAAUUGCGGUCCAAAUCCCAUAGGAUGGCAUGCAGAGUUUUCUAGAAUUCCACAUGCAGUUCACCCUGGCUACCCUGUGCUUUCUUUCUUUCUUUUUUUUUU